GAAUGAUACAGUUCCGAUCAGAUUUGUAUAUAUACAGAGAGAGAGAUCUAGAGAGAGAGAGAGAGAGAGAAAUAAGUCUUAGAGAGAGAGAGAGAGGUUAUUCCGUCCUGAGGUGGAACGAUGUCGUUACCAAAGCCAACCACCGCCGCCGAGAAAAAAGCCUUCCCGUCAAUCGCAGCAUGCGACGUCUCCGCCGUGAGCGACAGCUCGAUCGCGGCGGACCUCGACGGCACGCUGCUGAUCUCCCGAUCUUCGUUCCCUUACUUCAUGCUGGUGGCGAUCGAGGCCGGGAGCCUACUCCGCGGCCUCGCUCUGCUGCUCUCUUUCCCUGUCAUCGCAAUCGCCUACGUAUUCGUCUCUGAGUCCCUCGCGAUUCAGAUGCUUAUAUUUAUUUCCUACGCUGGACUCAAGAUCCGAGAUAUCGAGCUGGCGUCGCGAGCUGUGCUUCCGAGGUUUUAUGCGGCGGAUGUUAGGGCGGACAGCUACGAGGUGUUCGAGAAGUGCCGUCGAAAGGUGGUGGUGACAGCGAAUCCGACGGUGAUGGUUGAGCCGUUCGUGAAGGAGUAUUUGGGAGGUGACAAGGUGUUGGGUACUGAGAUCGAGGUGAAUCCGAAGACAAAGAGGGCCACCGGGUUUGUGAAGAGGCCAGGGGUUUUGGUGGGAAAAUGGAAGAGAUUGGCGGUUGCGAAGGAAUUUGGGGAGAAAUCACCUGAUAUUGGGAUCGGUGAUCGGGAGUCGGAUCACGAUUUCAUGUCCACGUGCAAGGAGGGCUACAUGGUGCUCCCUAACAAAUCAGCAUCUCCAGUCCCGCUUGAUCGCCUCAAAAGCCGAAUCAUCUUCCAUGAUGGCCGUCUUGUUCAAUCCCCGACGCCACUCAACGCUCUCAUCACGUACAUUUGGCUGCCAUUUGGGUUCAUCCUUUCACUUAUCCGAAUUUACUUCAAUAUCCCUCUUCCUGAACGCAUCGUACGGUACACCUACCCAAUGCUCGGCAUCAACCUCAUAAUCCGCGGAACCCCGCCUCCUCCCCCAUCCCCCGGGUCCCCAGGCAAACUCUAUGUGUGCAAUCACCGCACUGCCCUCGAUCCUAUCGUGAUCGCCAUUGCACUCGGACGCAAAGUCUCGUGCGUGACGUACAGCGUAAGCCGCCUCUCGAGGUUUAUAUCUCCGAUCCCAGCUGUCGCUUUGACCCGGGAUCGUGAAGCAGACGCAGCCCGGAUCAAAUCAAUUCUCGAUAAGGGCGACCUAGUGGUGUGCCCUGAAGGGACCACAUGCCGCGAGCCUUACUUGCUCCGGUUCAGCGCUUUGUUUGCUGAACUGAGCGAUAAAAUCGUACCCGUGGCUGUCAACUCUAAACAGAACAUGUUCCAUGGAACCACAGUUCGAGGGUUUAAAUUUUGGGACUCUUACUUCUUCUUCAUGAACCCAAGGCCCACGUACGAGGUUACGUUCCUUGACCAAUUGCCGAAAGAGAUGAGUUGUAAGGGGGGCGGGAAAUCGUCGAUCGAGGUGGCUAAUCACGUGCAAAAGGUUUUGGGUGGGGUGCUGGGUUUUGAGUGCACCCAAUUGACUAGGAAGGAUAAGUAUAUGUUGUUGGGAGGGAAUGAUGGGAAGGUCGAAUCCAUGUAUUCGAAGAAGUAAUUGUGAGGUGAUUUGUGUUCUGUUAUAUAUGGUACUGUUUGAGGGAGAGGGAUUUCAUUCGAAGGGUGUUGUUGGGCAUUUUUUUCGUAUUCUAUAUAUGUGGAUUGAGAUCAGAUGGAGGAUUUUAUUAUGUAGCGUUCGGCCGUUGAUUUAGUAAAUGAUUUUGUGAUUUAAA